AUCAAAACAUACAGACUAGUUUUCUUGAGUUUUCUUGGAGUUUUCUCAUUUGCGUGCGGUACAGAAUGAAUGUAAUCACUACGUGUGCGGUAUUGCAUAAAUUUAUAUAAACAAAUUAUAUAAAAUAUAAUUAUACGGAUUUCUAAAGCCGUUAAGUGACAAUGAAAUGCUUAUUCCAAAGUGGCGUAUAAGACAGAAAUGGCUGUAAUUUAUUUAAAGAUUUUGUUAUACUUUAACCAUGUAAGUUUCGUAGUCGUAUUCAGUGUUUAAUCGAGUAAUUAAGUCCUUAUGACAUAAUAAUUCUAACCAUAAGAUAUGUCUCUGAACUACGCCUUUGGAUUCUCUCUAUUUCUCCUAAUUCUUGUAGGACUGAAUAUAUAUUUCUUCUACACUUUAAACACUGUAGGAAGAAGACCUUCCAAUUUUAACGUUCCCAGUAUUAAACUUGAUUACGCGCCAAGUGUCUUCAAAGAUAUAUAUGAGUAUCUCAACUAUUUACCUAUUCAGUAUAAGAACAAGAAUCAAAAAUUUACAAGUAUACAGAAAAAUCUUAUUAGUUCGUUUAAUUCGUCACAAAAUGUUAACACAAAAAAUAUUUGGCGGGACACGGAAAUGUGGGCCAGUGACGAAUCUUUGUUCCCGGUUGAAAAUGGUGCACUGGGACCUCUCUUACAUGCAAUACGCACCUCACAGAUAGCACUCGUGGAUAAUGCGCCGAAAGGAACGCAACUGAAAUUGUUAUUUCUCCUAGAGGGUAAACAAAAACUAUAUUUCAAGCCCAAACGGUAUCAGAUGACCGAUGUUAUAAGAGGCAACAUAUAUGCGGGCUUUGACCGUCACAACUCUGAAGUCUUCGCAUACUAUCUCGCCAUGGUACUGAACUUCAAGUGGAUAGCGCCCUCUGUUAUUAGACGGAUACAUGUUGAUAGAGAAAUUGUACCUGUGGCUACUAUGGGGCUGAAAAGGACUAUGGUGAAAAAUGAAAGCGGUUCAUUAUGUAUAUACGGAAAGUGCUUUUACUGCAAAAUAAAUGAGACUGUAUGCCCAAAUGAUAAAGGUGAAAUUGAAGGAGCAGCAAUAUUAUACCUGGAUAAGCAGUUUAGAGUUCACAAGUCACCCUGGAGACGUUCGUAUAGCAGCAGGAAGAUGGACUGGGAGACGGACAAUGACUUUUGUAAAAAGAUCUCCGGGUCUCUUAGUCAGAAAAGGAUACUAAACCUUGUGGACAUUGCCAUAUUCGACUUUCUGAUACAAAAUGGCGAUCGGCAUCGAUAUGAAAUAUAUAAGGACAAAAUAGUACUGUUAGACAAUGGGAAAGGACUCGGGAAUCCGGCCGUUGAUGAGUUGGAUAUAUUAGCGCCGUUGUAUCAAUGUUGCAUAUUAUCCCAAUCAACGUGGCAACGUUUGGAGCUGGUCUCUGGAGGAGUUCUGACUGACACAAUCAAAUUGAUGUCAGUUCUACAAGGAGAGGUGUUAGCCACUGAAGAACAUUAUAAAGCGGUCGAACGGAGGCUGCUCAAAGUAUAUGCUACCAUACAGUAUUGCAUAGGGAAAUACGGAAGUGCCAAAGUUUUUAAGGAUUUAUACUAAAUAUAACACCUAUUCGAUUUUGGCAGGCAAAACUUAAUUUUAUUUUAGUCUGAUAGCUCUAAAAAUAUUGUCGUCCUUCACUUACGACGAGUGUAAGACAGAGAUGAAGCUAGUCUUAGAACUGUCAAACUAAAUUAAAAUUAAGUUGGUGUCUGCAGGAAUCGGCACCAAUAGGUAUUAGGUUAGGGGGGUUAAAUCACUAACCGGUAAUAGGUAACCUUUUGUACAAAGUUCUGUUUAAUUACGGUCUUAACACGUUAAACGUCAUGACGGACACAAUUUGCCCGGCGAUGGAUGCCCCUGGGGCCACAGCAAAAAUGUGAGAAUUGUCCAAAAAUCGUAGAGACUUUUAUGUGAAUAUUGUCUGGAAAUAACUAAAAAAUAAUAGGCCGCUUAAGAAAACGCGACGCGACAAACACCAGUGUCUACCAUUUGACAUCUCUCCCGCAACACACUCGGCUAGACCAUGAAGUCUGGCGUUCAACGUGUUAAAACUGUUUUAAGGUAAAUUCUAAAUGUCAAAUGUAGUUUUUGGUGCAACAUUGAAAUAAUUAUGCACUUGGAAAACUCUAAACUAUGAUUAUUAGAGCCCGGAACUUUCGGUUUCGGUCUGGUGUCGACCAAAAGUUUCGGCCGAAUAUAAGGUCGUGGCCGAAAAUGGGUUCGGUCCUAAACCUACUGACUGUCGCACACAAUUAUUUGAACAUUGCGAUUAUAACCUUUUCUCGAAACUAUUGAAUUUCACGUGCAAUAUUGAAAAGAAUUUAAAUUUUUCGUGUUUGUUUACCCGCAGUGGAGCAGCGUGGUGGAGUAUGCUCCAUACUCGUAUGCUCCGGUUGAUUAUGGGACAAUAGAAAUCUUGUUGUAAAAAGUCCGGGCGCGCUCCUUGCGUCUUAUUGAUUUAGUAGCCCAUACACGGGGCGAGGUUCGCAUCAGUGCGGGGCGGGGAGUGUCCCUUCUACACGUUUUAUUUUUUUAUUCUAUGCCAAUGUAUUAAGACAAAAAUGUGAUAUGAACAAUGAAAAACAUAAUGUUUCAUUCCUUCAAACGAUAAUCGGUUGAAAGCUAAGUAUUUAAAAUUCAAUUCCUUUUGUUAGCACGACUUGGCGUACAGUGUAGUGAUGAAACAGAUACAGCUUUUUGCACUGUGAAGUGAUGGGCUUAUUGGUCUUCACGCAUGCGUUAUUCGUUUCUAUAACAUUCACAGAAAAAGGCUAUUUUGUAAUUAGUAUUAUGUGUCAUAGUAUUAUUCGAAUGUGAUUAAAUAUGAAAUCUUAUUUUUCAACACGAUGACAAAAUGUUUUAAUUAUAAGUGAAAGGCAAAAUGGCAAGUUUAUUAAAGUUUUAUACUAUAUGGCCCAGCUUUGUACUAUAUGUGCUUAGCGGUGAAGGAAAACAUCGCGAGGAAACCCACAUUCCCGAGAAAUGCAUUUUCGGAGGUAUGUGACUUAACCUGUAUUGGGCUGGUUUCCCUUCGCGGGUUGUAAAGUCAGACAGGCAGUCGUUUCUGUAAAAAACCGGACCUGUCAAAUCUUCAGGUUAGGUAAGGUGACCCUGGAACUACCCAUUAGUGAAGAGACAUCCUAAUCAGUUCGCAGAGAUAAUAAUAGUUUUAAGUUUUAAAGUGCUAAUGUUCACUUAAUUGAUAUUUCAAUCAACAUCUCUAAAAUGAACACAAUAUGUAUAAGUUAGUUAAUCAAUGUGAUGGCUGGUUGCCAUUCUGCAUAACAAACGUAUUCAUCAUCAUCAUCUAAUGAUGAUAAGGAUUCCUUGCUGCACACUGAAGAAUGUAACGAACAUCAUCUCCGUUAUUCCGUAUCACAGGGUCCGCUUAUUAAAGAAGAUUUGACAGGUCCGGUUUUUUUACAGACGCGACUGCCUGUCUGGCCUUCCAACCCGCGAAGGGAAAACCAGCCCAAUACAGGUUAGGUCACAUUUCUCCGAAAAGCACUUGUCUGGAAUGUACGAUGGGCUUAUUUCCAAAAUACAGUAUUCAAUAAAAUCUAUCUAUAUAGGUCUAUAUCGGACCUCUAGCCAUAGAGGCAGCCAAUCAGCUCGCGACACCAAACACUUCAGGUCCCCGAUACCGACCCCGCCGGCGUGGUCGACGAUUUCCCUCAUUCAGCGCUUAUCGCUAUCGACCCACUAGGGUCGAUUAAUUCUUUCAAAUAUUUUUCCUCUCAGACGACGCCCUGAGCCGAGGUUCGCGCCCAACUGGGCACCCUCAGGCCUGUUGUCUUAAACGUUGUACCGGGUGAGAGCCUUCAGCGCUCCCCAUUUGUCCGGCCAAGUAGUUAAUGCCAUCUGCGGCAAAUCUACAAUAAGUCACGUCAAAAAAAAAAAAGGUCUAUAUCGGACGGGCCCUUUCGUUGUAUGUCACAAUACAAUACAACGUUAAUACGUGUUGUGGGUAUGGUGUCGGGAGAAACCCUCUUAGGGUUAAACGACGUUAUAUUAUUAAUGUUUGUAACAAUGUUUAGUGACAAUAAAUGUGUAAAUAAAAAUAAAUUAAUAAAUAAAUAUUUCAAAUGUUAUGCCCUUAGAAAAGGUUCAGUACGAUAUACUCCGAACCGGCGUGCGUGUAUGAAACGGUUGAUGAAUGUGCAGGAAGCAAGAGAAGUAUGUCAGGAUCGAAGCAAAUGGAAUUCCGUAGUCUCUGCUUACCCCGGUGGGAAAUAGCCGUGAGUUUAUAUAUGUAUAAAUAUUCAAUGUGAGAUCUUCCACUUUUAUGUUUUGAUCUAAGAUUAAUACUUAUCUAUUUUUGUUAUAAUGUUUAUACACUCAAAUACAUGGUCUAAAAAGGCCACAUUUAAGCAAUUCAUCUAAAAAGCAAUAUUGCAGCGGAGCAAUAGAGCAAUGUCAGCAAAUGCGAAAUGACAAUAUCCCAAACAAUAUUGCUUUUUUAAAUGAACUGCUUCAAUGUGGCAUUUUAACCUUCUAGUACGUUUAUAUACAGGGUGUUAGUGACACCGUAACGAAUAAGUACUGAAGGGGAUUCUCGGAAUGAUUCAGACCAUGAUUCUGAGUUGAUUUCAAGUGGAUUUUCCUGUCGGAAAAUUCAUGAUUUUUUUUAAAUUGUUUUCAAUACUUUUGCGAUGGAAAAUUCCACUUGAUAUCAAUUCAGAAUGAUGACCUGAAUCAUCCCUCAGUUUUCGAUACGAUGUCACUAACACCCUGUAUAUUAAGUUCACUGCCAUAAGAAAGUUCCGAGAGAUAUACUUAGACUUACCUAUUGAUGAUAAUUUUAGAUGGUGUUAUACAUUUUGAGAAUUGGACAGUUUACUCGUAGGAGGUUUUAUGUUAUAAAAUUUAUUUUUUCAAGUACAAAAGUAUUUUAUUACCUG